CCCUGGGAAGUUUUUUUUUCCCUCCCUGCCCCGGGGUAGCCCCAGAGUCAGUGGCCCUAGGCAUAUCUAGGCCCCCCAGCGGCAGCAGCCUCCGCCCUUCUGGCUCAUCAUGCCCCCAGGCCCCGAGGUCCCGGUGCAGGUGUGGGUGGACGGCCAACUCUUCCAGGCCGAGCAGUCGCUGCUGGUGGAGCAUUGCGGCUUCUUCCGCGGGCUUUUUCGCUCCGGCAUGCGGGAGGCGCGGGCGGCGGAGGUGCGCCUGGGUGUGCUGAGCGCCGCGGGCUUCGGCACGGCGCUGCGGGUGCUGCGUGGAGAGCGGCCGGCGCUGGCGGCGGACGACGAGCUGCUGCAGGCGGUGGAGUGCGCCGCGUUCCUGCAGGCGCCGGCGCUCAUGCGCUUCCUGGAACACAGCGUCACCUCGGACAACUGCUCGCUGCUGUGCGACGCGGCUGCCGCCUUCGGCCUGCGCGACGUGCUCCACAGUGCUGCGCUCUUCAUCCGGGACGGAGCGCACGAGCUGGUGGCAGAGCUGGAGCUGCCAGAGGCCAGAGCCUACGUGGCGGCGCUGCGACCCAGCACUUAUGUAGCCGUGAGCACGCACACACCCACACCAGGCUUCCUAGAGGAUGCAUCGCGCACCAUGUGCUUCCUGGACGAAGAGGAGGACGCUUGGCGCACGCUGGCAGCUCUGCCCCUGGAGGCCAGCACACUGCUAGCAGGCGUGGCCACUCUGGGCAACAAGCUCUACAUCGUGGGUGGUGUGUGUGGCGCCAGCAAGGAGGUAGUGGAGCUGGGCUUCUGUUACGACCCAGAAGGUGGCACCUGGUGCGAGUUUCCCAGCCCGCACCAGCCGCGCUAUGAUAUGGCGCUAGCUGGCUUCGAAGGCCGCCUCUAUGCCAUUGGUGGUGAAUUCCAGAGGACGCCCAUGAGCUCUGUGGAGUGCUAUGACCCGGCUACAGGCUGUUGGAGCUUCGUGGCAGACUUGCCGCAGCCGGCUACGGGGGUUCCCUGCGCCCAGGCUCGUGGCCGCCUCUUUGUGUGCCUAUGGAAGCCGGCAGAUGUCACUGCCGUUGUGGAGUAUGUCGUGCAGAUGGACAAGUGGCUGCCCGUGGCUGAACUGUGUCGUUCGCAGAGUUACGGCCACUUUAUGGUGGCCCAUCGCGACAGUCUCUAUGUGGUGCGUAACGGACCUUCUGAUGAUUUCCUGCACUGUGCCAUCGAUUGUCUCAACUUGGUUACAGGCCAGUGGACUUCACUACCUGGCCAGUUUGUCAAUAGCAAGGGAGCACUCUUCACAUCCGUGGUGCGUGGGGACACCGUCUAUACUGUCAACCGUGUAGCUACGUUGGUCUAUGCCAUUGAAGAUGGCACCUGGCGGCUGCUCAGAGAGAAGGCUGGGUUUCCUCGGCCUGGCUCUUUACAGACUUUUCUCCUGCGGCUGCCUCCUGGCACUACUGGGCCUGUGGCUACCGCAUUGCCAGAGUUGUGAGUUUGGAAUGACUUCAGAAGGCACGGGAGUCUUCAUUAGCCUUGGCUGUAUGAGCCUGGAUUGAGAAGCUUUUGGAAACUCCUUUCCCCCUAUUGGGACACUCGGGGCUGCUUUCUGGUGGUAUGGACGUCCACAAAGCCCUGAGCAACGCAGAUGCCGGGGCCCUCAAAUCACUGGGGUCUGCCGAGAGCUGGUGGGUCACAGUCUCAGGGAAAGGGAUGGGGUUACGAUUUGGGCAGUCCA